AUGUCAUUGCAAUUAUUGAAUCCUAAUGCUGAAUCUUUGAGGAGAGAUGCCGCCUUGAAGGUAAAUGUCACCUCUGCUGAAGGUUUACAAUCUGUCCUAGAAACCAACCUUGGUCCAAAAGGUACUUUGAAGAUGUUGGUUGAUGGUGGUGGAAACAUUAAAUUGACCAAAGAUGGUAAAGUCUUGCUAACAGAGAUGCAAAUCCAAUCUCCAACCGCUGUGUUGAUCGCUAGAGCUGCUGCCGCUCAGGAUGAAAUUACAGGUGAUGGUACCACUACCGUUGUAUGUUUAGUUGGUGAGUUACUGAGACAAGCUUAUAGAUAUAUCCAAGAAGGUGUCCACCCAAGAAUUAUAACCGAUGGGUUUGAAAUUGCCAGAAAGGAGGCUCUAGAACAUUUAAACAAUUUUCAAAUGAGAGAUGUUAACUUAGACAGAGAAUUUCUGCUGCAAGUUGCAAGAUCUUCUUUAUCUACUAAAGUGAAUCCUGAAUUAACCGAGGUUCUUGCUCCUAUCGUCACUGAUGCAGUAUUGAAUGUUCAGAACACAGAGACAAAUUCUUUGGAUCUACAUAUGGUGGAAAUAAUGCAAAUGCAACAUUUAUCUCCAAAGGAUACUACUUUUGUAAAAGGUCUAGUGUUAGACCACGGUGGUAGACAUCCAGAUAUGCCUACAAGAGUAAAGAACGCUCAUGUCUUGAUCCUGAAUGUUUCCCUAGAGUACGAAAAGACGGAGGUUAAUUCUGGUUUCUUUUACAGUUCCGCUGAUCAAAGAGAUAAACUAGCGACAAGUGAACGUAAGUUUGUGGAUGAAAAAUUGAAAAAAAUUAUUGAUUUGAAGAAUGAGGUGUGUGGGAUGGAUCCAGAACAAGGCUUUGUGAUUGUUAACCAAAAGGGUAUUGAUCCAAUGUCUCUAGAUAUCCUAGCCAAACAUAACAUCCUUGCAUUAAGAAGAGCCAAGAGACGUAAUAUGGAAAGAUUACAGUUAGUGACAGGGGGUGAAGCUCAAAACUCUGUCGACGAUCUAUCACCACAAGUAUUAGGUUUCUCAGGUUUGGUCUAUCAACAGACCAUCGGAGAAGAAAAAUUCACUUAUGUGACUGAAAAUAGGGACCCAAAAUCUUGUACAAUCUUAAUCAAAGGAUCUACUCAUUAUGCAUUAAACCAAACUAAGGACGCUGUCAGGGACGGUCUGAGGGCCGUAGCGAAUGUUCUAAAGGACAAAGCUGUCAUCCCAGGUGCCGGUUCUUUCUUUAUUGAUGUCUCUAACCAUCUAUCCAGAAGCAACAUGAACAGACUUGGUGCAAAGGGUAAGACCAAGACCGGUGUUGAAGCUUUUGCUGAGGCCAUGCUAGUUGUUCCAAAGACCCUGGUGAAAAACUCUGGGUUUGACCCAUUAGAUGUCCUAGCAAUGUGUCAGGAUGAAUUAGACGAUAUUGACCCAACGGAGGAUGGUCCUCGUAGAUAUGUUGGUGUCGAUCUAAACAUUGGUGAUUCCUGUGAUCCAACCAUCGAAGGUAUUUGGGAUUCAUACCGUGUGGUUAGAAAUGCUAUCAAUGGUGCCGCUGGUAUUGCUAGUAAUUUAUUACUUUGCGAUGAAUUACUAAGAGCUGGUAGAUCAACCUUAAAGGAUGGUCAAUAG